AUGGAGCACCUCGCGCGCGACCCGGCUCCUCUAACUCGGGUGUAUCACCCCAUGGCCGAAGGGAUGUCCUUCAAGGUCACGGUCGCGCUCCGUGUAAGAAGGGUGGAGAAGUGGAUCCGCGACGUGAAGAGGGACUAUCUCGACAACGCAUCAAUCAAGUGCGUCGGCUUGGAUUGCGAGUUCACCAACCCUCGCGAGGGUGAUCAGCUUGCCGCCGUCCUGCAACUCUCGGUGGUAUCCGAGAAUCUGGUAUUCCAGAUUUGUCGGGCUGAUCAAGUGCCAGAAGCUCUCAAGGAGUUCUUGUUGGGAUUCGUAGCAUAG